GCCAACACCACUUUACUACAUCGACAUGAACCAAGCAGAGGAUGUCGAGGUUAUCCUCGGCCACAAGCGCCGCUACAAGUUUCACUCUGGUACUUUGGCGCGCAACUCUACCCUCUUCGCUGACAUGUUAACCGAACCCAACGCUGCAAAACUGAACAACCGCGCCAGAAAUGCUGGUAUCAAGACCCGUUGGAUGAUUGAGUUGAAAGAACUUCCUUCCAAGCAACACCCUGCCGGUCGUCUCGGCCUUGUGGAACUUGGACCAACUGCUGAGCGAGCCGACGGCCUGAACAGCCUAAUCGUAAACGAGAACGGACGCAUCCCUCAAGCUACCAAGAUCUUCGACCACUAUGAGGGCAUUUUCUACGCCUUCUACAACAAGGAAUUCUCCAUCGAUGACUCCGACAUGUCCGCCGCGCUCCAAGAUUGCUAUCAACUUCUUUGCAUUGCGGAUUACCUAGGCUGCACUAGACUGAUAUCUAAGCCCAUCGAGAUUGCUCUCCUCAAACAUGGUCAAGAUCUUUUCCGUGCCAUCCAAAAGAAGCCACACGCAUGGGUCGAAAUGUCCUACCGUAUUCGUAGCGAACUUAUCUUCCGCGAGUGCAUGGUCCACCUGGUUGGUAACUGGAGAACUAUCAAAUCCGCCCCUAACGCACUUGAAUACCUACGCAAAGUCCCUGGUCUACGCGGCUUGAUCGAAAAGUACCAUCGAGCCAUGCUCAGCCAGUGUAAGUUUGUCGAGCUAGCAGUGAUGUCCCUCUACCCAGGUUCUAUGCGCCUGCCUGUUGAAGACCUGCCUAUCAAGCGCGAGGCCUUUGCCAAAGACAUUCUAGUCUGGAUGGCACUGACCUUCUUCCGCCAUUGGAUCGGCCAGCGUCUCAUCAUGGAGAGGGGUAGACACAGCGCAGACUGUGGGUACGAGCUCUAUAAGCAAAUAGGUACAGGAGGCGAGUCCUACAUGGACAAAUCCGUCAUCAACCAGUUUCAUACCAAGUUCCCAAUGACAAAGAAGGCGAUGAACGUCCUGGAGAACCAUCUGCUCGAGAUCAAGGAAUGCAUGAAGACCGUUGUCGACCAGCACAAGAUCCUCCAGUCGAAGUGCCAGUUGGACGUUCAUCGUUUUCCGGUUGAGUACUUGACCUGCACAGAGUUUAAGAAGGAGGAUAUUCCGUGGGAGAAGGAGACUGAAGGACCUAGGGUGCUGCCAGCUAAGCGGGCGUACAAGGCUGGAGGUAAUGACAUUGCGCGGAAGAACUUGGAUACAGCGAGGAUGCAUCAGGAAAGGGGCUUGAGUGUGGAGGGCGAGCAGAACGGUGGCGAUGAAGCAGAGUUUGAAAGUGAUAUGGAGGAUGUGGAGGAUGCCAGGGCUAAGCGUGUCAGAACUCAGUAGGCUACAACCAUGGCGUAUCUGCCACGCGGUAAUGUGAGGUAGGCGGUGAGCUUUGAUAGAAAGUGUGAGAACCUCCUGGGCGUUGUGCGGUCAGACGAAAGUACGAUCUGGGUUCCCAUAUCGGCGUCAAACGGACUUUAGAGAAAAUGAAAUUGUGCUUUGUACACUGUUCUGGUUCUAUUACAUGCCUCACGUCUGAAUCUGGCCUUUGGUGACCGAGGUAUAAUUUCAUGCAUCUUCUCUUAGCCGCCUCCGCUACCGUCCUCUAUUCGUCGUCGAAACCUGCCGGCCUUGGUCGUGGUCCCUUUGGUACUGUUCCAGGUCAGCAAAUCGUGUUCCUGCCCGGGUCUGCCUAAUCCCCCAAUUCCCAUUGCCCUCCACAAUCGACACUUGCUAUUCUCGCCACGUACCUGGGUAUGUCAUAGGGAUCUUAGGGAUCGGCUCCUCGCCCAUAUAUCUCCG